CGCCGGUCCGGCCACAGUCUCCCCUCAGCGGCGCCGUCCCGGCCACAGUCUGCCCUCAGUAGCGCCGUCCCGGCCACAGUCUCCCCUCAGUAGCGCCGUCCCGGCCACAGUCUCCCCUCAGCGGCGGUGUGCGCGGGCUCCUUGUCGCGUGCCGAAGGGGGCAGCGCUGGAAAUCCUGACAGUUUAGAGUGGCGGGCUUCUGCGUGUGAUAGAGCUGCUGACAUUGAACUCGGUGACCGGCCGGCUGGCAGUCCAGGCGCCGUGAGGCUGCCGACUUUGGAAACAGCCCGUACCGAUUUUCUCCUGUUUUGAAUGUUAGGGCUGAGAAACUGAAGGUGGUCUUUUCGAGUGAGCGGGGGCUGCUCGUGCACCAGAAGAAUCACCAGCACCAAUUAGGCACACCACAGUGAGGGCGCUCAGUGUUAACUAGGAGCAGUUGGUGCGACAGGUCACCAGUCCGGAGGCCCGUCGAAGCCAGCGGCAGCGCAGCAGUGCAGCGAAUCUGAACACCAGAGCACCACCAGAGAGCGACUCAUCUCCGGGACUCUGAAUUCACCGACCCUGUGACGUCACUGGGGACGGAUCGCCGGGAGGGAGAUGACGUCACUGGGGACAACUCGUCUUCUGCUGGCGCUGUUGGCGCUGGUCGGCGGCGGCGGAUCAGACACAGCGUCGGCGGCGUGCGUGGACGACUGGGAUGGACGGUGGAACAACCUCUUCGAAAACACCAACGACUCGCAUAACAUCGGCUCAGCGUCGUCCGCCACCAGUGUUUCCCUGUCGGGUGAGGAGACGACCGAUCUGCUGGACAUAUCCGAGUACUUUACCGUGUCCCUGAACAGCAGCGGCGGCAUCAACCUCACCCCGAAACCGAGCCUGGUCGGCGUCAAGGACUACCCGACAAACAUGAGGGAGAUUGGCCCAGGAACGGUGACGGUCAACUGCACCGGAACAUCGGAGGAGCAGACUGUGACGGUGAAGGUGAGGGACGCCAACACGGCCUCUCCUCAGCUCUCCAGCAGCUCCUACUUGGUGCCAGUGUCGGAGAACUACCCCACCCAGCUGGCCAUCUUCGCACUCAACAUCAGCGCUACAGAUUACGACGGUGACCCCACCAACAAUGCGGUGACGUUUUCUCUGGAGGACGGGACCGGCACGUUCAACCUCACACCAGCUGAGCAGACGUCCACACAGCCGGCCACCUACCUCACCCGGCUGGUGUUGAACAGGGCACUGGACUGGAGCCGGCAGACCGAGUACCAACUCACCGUGACGGCACAGGACCGGGGUGGUCUGAAAUCCACCAGUGACGUCAUUAUAAAUGUAACUGACGUGGACAACAUGCCUCCGGAGUUCGGCUACACCGGUUACACUGCAGAGGCGCUCGAUCGCAAGGCGCUGGGUCCGCUGGUGGUGAAGCCGGCGACCAUUUCGGCCACGGAUCCGGACAGAGGCGGGCCGCUGAAGUACACGCUCCUCGACCUACCGUCAGCCAACUGGGCCCGGUACUUUGCUCUGGACGCAGACAGUGCAGCCCUCUCCUUGGUGAAGGAAAUUCCCGAUGACGUCACCACGCCGUCUGAAAUAUCCCUUAUUGUAGAGAGCCAGGAGACGGACGGUGAGCUGUUUGUGUCGCGUGCAGUGCUGGCACUGACCGUGCUCUGUUGGUUGUUGUUUGUUGGGCAGAGCCAGGAGACGGACGGUGAGCUGUUUGUGUCGCGCGCAGUGCUGGCACUGACCGUGCUCUGUUGGUUGUUUGUUUGUUGGGCAGAGCCAGGAGACGGCCGGUGAGCUGUUUGUGUCGCGCGCAGUGCUGGCACUGACCGUGCUCUGUUGGUUGUUUGUUUGUUGGGCAGAGCCAGGAGACGGCCGGUGAGCUGUUUGUGUCGCGCGCAGUGCUGGUGGUGCACCUCACACCGCAGGAAGGUAACGUAGCCCCGACUGCUGCAGCCGGAGCCGCCAGCUGGCACCCCGCUGACACGGGGAAGGGGCAC